AUGGUGAAAACAUUGGUAUUGGAUCUUGAUAACACGCUUGUCUGCGUGUCCGACCACGACGAUGACAAUCUCCUCCAGUGCGUGACGAAGCGACCGGGUUUGGACAAGUUCCUGAGAGAUAUGUCACAGGUUUACGAGGUCGUGGUCUUCAAUUGGGUGAGUGGCCAAGUGGUGAAGGAUUUGAGGAAACUGAAAAGGGAGCAGGAAAGUCUCAUGGUGUGGAUCGAUGACAACGCGAGCUUGUAUCUCUACCAUCCCAAGAGUGGAGUCCCGCCCUUCCAUGGCAAUCCCAAUGACUCCAUCCUCGAGGCCUUGACUCCGCUGCUACUCAAGGUGGAAUCGAGCCAAAUCAGUAUAGAGGAUGCAAACAAGAUGUUUGUUUCGAGUGUUAAACAGCAUAAACAAACUCCCAGAUACUGA